AUGUUCCCUGCCCGCAGCAUCCGGCGGAAGCAGGCGCUGGGUCCGCCCCUAGGGCCGCGUCUGCGUCUGCGAGUCGCUUCAUCCCUCCCGCUACCAGCCUGCUUGGCGAGAGCCCUCCGGCUCUGCGUGUCUACACUGCUCGUAGCUAGUCCCAGAAAACCCCAGGAACCCGGACUUCGCCCUGCCGCUCUCCCGAGCACCCUGGAGCUGCUGAAGGACGUGCACCUGGGGCUGCCUGGGCCGUGCCAGGACCCCGCCCGACUGGCCCUCCUCUCCGGCCACUACCUUUACUACCACUACGGUUGCGAUGGACUGGAUGACCGAGGCUGGGGUUGCGGCUACCGCACCCUGCAGACGCUGUGCUCCUGGCCAGAGGGCCAGUCCUCGGGCGUGCCUGGGCUGGCAGCCUUGCAGGGAGCCCUAGAGGACAUGGGCGACAAGCCCCCCGGAUUCCGGGGCUCCCGUAACUGGAUCGGCUGUGUAGAGGCCAGUCUCUGCCUGGAACACUUCGGAGGACCUCAGGGGCGCCUAUGCCACGUGCCCCGCGGAGCAGGGCUUCGCGGUGAAGUGGAGCGGCUCUAUUCCCACUUCACAGCAGGCGGGGGCCCAGUCAUGGUAGGAGGAGAUGCAGAUGCUCAGUCCAAGGCCCUGCUGGGGAUCUGUGAGGGGCCAGGGAGGGAAGUCUAUGUCUUGGUCCUGGACCCACACUUCUGGGGCACUCCGAAAAACCGGCGUGAACUGCAAGCUGCUGGGUGGGUGGGCUGGCAAAAGCUUAACAGUGUCUUUGAUGCUAAUUCCUUCUACAACUUGUGCUUGACCAGACAUACCUGAAUCGACACACCCUGCCUGCACUGGCGGAUACACCCCAGAACUGAGACUCAUCAGACACCUAUUUACUUCACACAGCAUCAAGUCUGGGCCAGGCCAACCUGGUCUACAGAGCAAGUCCUACUAGGUCAGCUGGAGUUAGUGUUCAGAAAAAUGAUAAUAAAUUGGCAUAAUUCCGCUUA